AUGGACGCCGUCCUCUUCCUCACCUCCGUGACAUUUGUGAUCGCAGUGGGCAGCGCGAUCAUCCAGGGGGUCACCUUUUGGAAGCACUAUCGCAUUCGCGUGAAGAUCUCAAACAAGACGCCUUCGAUCCAUAGCCGAGAACUAGAAGAGCUUGCACCCGACACAAUCCCGACUGAUUGCCAAUCCAUCACGGGUAGCAUACUCGCGACAAGACACCGUCCUGGGAAAUCGCCGCUGCCCGGAAUACAACGACCGCCGCAAGCACCUAUCAAUCUCAACCACCCCUUCAGUUUCUUCGGCGCAACGAUUCACGAGCCGCCUGAGCGCGCAACGGCAUCGCCGCCAACUCCCGCGACGGUCAGCCACGACGCCACAGCACGUGACCGCCAGGGCUUCGCAGAGGCCAAACCCUAA